AUGGUAUUGGGUAUAUCAACUGUUGUGAUUACAAUUCAUCAGCAAAAUAUUACUUUACAACAACGAGCAGAAGAUCGACAAUUAGCACGAGAACGACGUGAACUUGAGAAAACUAUAGCUGAUGAAAAACGUGAACAAGAAUAUAAUAUCAGUGCAGAACAGCGAGAUAUAUCAGAGAAACAACGAAAGCAUGGAUUAGAUAUUCAAAUACAACAAUAUCGAAAUACAUUGCUUGUUGAAUAUAUCAGAGAAAUUGGUCAGAUGCUCGAACGUAACCAAGGCUCAUUGACAAACAAUACUAUAAUAGCUACAUUAGCACGUGUGCAAACAUUAUCUAUUGUUCGACAAUUUGAUUCGCAUGGCAAAGCUCAAAUAAUACAAUUCUUAUACGAAGCUGGUUAA